AUGACGGGUGACAUAGCGGAUUCGCACAGGCUGUCUGUGAAAACAUGGACAGAAGAGGAGAGUGACCGAGCUGACAGCACACUUAGCAGGUACUACACACACGCACACACGGUAAUCCCCAAUCUUACACACUCAUUCCGUGUACUCGGGUGUGUACGGGCGUUGGUCAGUAUGGUCAUGACGCUGAGAGAGUGGGCCCAUAAGAGUUUGGUUGAAGAGAACGAGCGGCCGGAUUCCUUCCUCGAACGUUUCAGAGGCCCCGCGCCCAUGGACCUACAAGCCCCGCCCAGCAGGUUUAGCCACACCCACACCGACUCUGACACGGACGCCGAUGGCAGACGUGCCAGGCACACAAAGAGGAGGUGUAAUGUAUUGGUCUUAUCUCCAUCUGAUGACACCUACUACCACUGGCUGAUGGUGAUCGGUGCUGCUGUUCUGUAUAACUGGAGCCUCCUUGUCGUCAGGGCCUGUUUUGAUGAGCUCCAGACCAAAAGUGUGUUAGUGUGGCUGAUAUUGGACUAUCUUUGCGAUGGGGUCUAUGUGCUCGAUAUGGCUGUUCGCCUACGCACAGGCUUCUUGGACCAGGGCUUGAUGGUGAAAGAUGUGCGCCGCCUGAGAACAACCUACCUCCGCACCGUCCAGUGCAAACUGGACGUCUGCUCCAUCCUCCCCACCGACCUCCUGUACCUCACAGUGGGUAUUUCCUACACACCUCUUCUUCGAUUCAACCGACUGCUUCGCCUCCCGCGGCUCUUCGAAUUUUUUGAACGCACGGAAACCCGCACGGGCUACCCCAACACUUUCCGCAUCUGUAAACUGGUGCUGUACAUCCUGGUGAUCAUCCACUGGAACGCCUGUGGUUAUUACAGCUUCUCGAAGGUCCUGGGGCUCGGCUCUGACUCCUGGGUAUACCCGAACGCCUCUGACCCAGAGUUCGGCUCGCUCACCAGAAGUUAUAUAUACUGUCUGUAUUGGUCGACCCUGACCUUGACGACCAUCGGAGAAACCCCACCGCCUGUUAGAGACGAGGAGUUUUUGUUCCUGGUGUUUGACUUCCUGGUUGGUGUUCUGAUUUUUGCUUCCAUCGUGGGGAACGUUGGAGCCAUGAUUUCCAAUAUGAAUGCCACAAGAGCUGCUUUCCAGAGCCGCGUGGAUGCGUUGAAACACUACAUGCACUUCAGACAUGUCAGUAAAGAGCUGGAGCAGCGGGUCAUUCGCUGGUUUGACUACCUCUGGAGUAACCAGAAAGCUGUCGAUGAACAGGAGGUACUGAAGAGCCUGCCCAAUAAGCUGAGAGUGGAGAUUGCCAUUAAUGUUCAUCUGGAGACACUGAAGAAGGUGCGUAUAUUCCAGGACUGCGAGGCAGGCCUAUUGGUGGAGCUGGUGUUGAAGCUUCGACCCCAAGUCUUCAGUCCUGGAGACUACAUCUGUAGAAAGGGAGACGUGGGAAAGGAGAUGUACAUCAUUAAAGAUGGCCGCUUGGCUGUGGUGGGGGAUGACGGGGUCAGCCAGUUAGCAGUUCUGACUGCGGGAAGUUGCUUUGGAGAGAUCAGCAUCUUGAACAUCAAGGGCAGCAAGAUGGGGAACCGGCGCACAGCAAAUAUCCGCAGCCUGGGAUACUCAGACCUAUUCUGCCUCUCUAAACAAGACCUCAUGGAGGCGCUGCAGGAGUUCCCCCAUGCCAGAGCUCAGCUGGAGCAAAGGGGACGGGACAUUUUGCAGAAGGAGGGCCUCCUAGAAGAAAUGAGUGUGUCUGCUGGAGAGGAGGUUGAGGAGAAGGUGGCAAGACUCGAAUCUAGUCUGGACCGUAUGCAGACCUGUCUGGCCCGUCUGCAGAGCGAGUUCAACUCCUCCCAGCUACGGAUAAAACAGCGUCUAACAGUCCUGGAGCACAUCGCCACACCCAUCAUGGGCAGCGGUUUCCUGUCGGAUGCUGAUGGCAACGAGAGCAUCCCUGGAGCCGAGGGAAAGCACAGCGAAAUUAACAUCCACCUUUGA